UCCCCCUGGAUCUCCGCUGUGAUCUGUGCAAGCGGCGGAGGAGCUCAGAAGGCUUGCAAACCGACCGUCGCAUUUGCACAGUUUUGCAAAGUAACUUCUUUCCCCCUCCCCUUUUGGAUGUCCUUGAAGGCUGGGGCUGGUUCCUUGUUUUCUUCACAUUGGACCGGCAGUAUUGGGGUGCCUGGAGAGGAAGCUACCCGGAGAAUAUGCCCAAGCGGCGCGCCCCCGGCCACGGCCCGAGCAGUGGUGCCCCCUUGCCUCCGCUGCUCUUCUUCCCCAAGGCUCCUUUCUUCCGGGAGGACCUGGGCAACAUCCGCCAGAUCAGCUGCAAGCGAGGCUGCCUGUCUGCGGUGAGGACCGACGGGACGGUCGUCGUGUGGGUCGGCGCAGAGAAGGGAGGCGACCCUCAGAGCCACCCUAGGAGCCCCAGGCGCAUUAAGCUUAAAAAGAACGUCAAGGUGAAUUCAGUGGACUGCGAAACCUCUCACCUACUCAUUCUCUCGUCAGAAGGAAAACUUUCUGAACACAGUGUUGACUUCCAGAAUGUUAAGUCACAGCCAAGACUGCUGAAAGAAUUGGGAGAUAAACAAAUGGUUCAAAUUGCAUGCGGCGACCACCAUUCCAUGGCCCUGUCAAAAGGAGGACAACUCUUCAGCUGGGGUCAAAAUGACUAUGGUCAACUUGGCUUGGGAGGAGAGAUGACCUCCUCCAGGGAACCACAGCGGGUGCAGGCGCUGGAUGGCAUUCCGUUGGCCCAUAUAGCAGCUGGAGGAUCUCACAGUCUGGCAGUCUCUCUGUCUGGAUCAGUCUACUCCUGGGGAAAGAAUGCCUUUGGGCAGCUGGGCCUUGGACAUACAGAAGAUAAGUAUUUCCCCACAUAUGUGAAUGCAUUGGAGCACAAGAAGACAGUGUUCAUUUCAUGCGGAGGAGAGCACACUGCCAUUCUUACAAAGGAUGGACUGGUCUGCACUUUUGGAGCUGGCUGCUAUGGCCAGCUUGGCCACAACUCCACGUGCAAUGAGGUAUUUCCACGUUUUGUGGCAGAGCUGUUCAGUGUUCGAGUGUCUGAGGUAGCCUGUGGGAGAUGGCACACGCUUGUCUACGUUGAAGAUCUAUGGAAAGUCUAUGCAUUUGGUUCUGGAUCUCAAGGACAGCUUGGCAGUGGGAGAACGUGUAACCAGUUGAUACCCCUUCCUGUCGACUUGACUGAGAAGGGUAGAAAAUCCAAACAGGAAGGGAGCGCUUCAGAGGAAAAAAUAAAAGUCAUUGCUGGAGAUAACCAAAGUAUUUUGCUUUUUCUGAAGAAAAAGAAUUCAUAUGCUAGUAUAAACCAGACACUUGCCAGAAUAGAAGAGGAAGAGAUAGAUAAAUGGAUUUCUGAUUCGGAUCCUAACUGCUGGCGGAACAAAAGACAGGACAUUAGGUUGAUCUUCUCAUCUGUGGCCUGUAUCAACGGAAGCUUCCUCAACAAGAGUCAAGAUGAACAUUUCAGAACAUCCCAGGAAGCUUCAGGUAUAAAUAUGUCUGCUGUGCUCCUUUUCUCAGAUAAGAUUGCAAAAAACCCUAAAGUCUGCACAGAGGUGACAAAUGCUGUUAAAAAGCUUGUAAGGUCCCAAUAUUAUCCUGCUACUUCCCCCGAAGCGCUCAGAGUCUUCCUCAUCCUGUCUGUAAUCUUACGGAAGCAGGACCACCUGUCGGACUGGCUGCUUCUCCGGUUGGCACAAAUCAUCAUGGAUCUUGAGACGGAAGACAGGCAGACACUUGAAUCUCUGUGGUCCAGCUUAGACAUCCCAUUUUUCAAGGAUCUUGUGGACAUCUAUCAAAGACUUUCCAGUGAUGAGAUAUCUUUCAUCAUUGAAGAGAUGAGAAAUUCUGAGAUGGUAGACAACUACUGGGAUGCACCUUUCCUGAUCCUACAAGUGCUAUAUGAGGUAAAUAGCAGGACUGGUUUCAAGAUCCAGGAAAAGAAUUUUUAUGUUCCUGAAGUUAAAUAUUUGCUGCAUUUCCCCAUAGACAACCUUCAGCAAGUUUUCACUGAAGCCCCUUGUAUCUUGGAUAUGGAAGCAAAGAUCCUACUGCAUGAUCUUAACCGUCGUGUAUUGCAUUGUAUGUUCAGCUGGCUAGACAGUCCAAACGUACAACUAUUAGUGAGGAGACAAUAUCUGGUGCAAGACACGUGGGUGUUUCUAAGGAACAUGCAAGUGUGCCAAUUCCUGCUCUUCCUCCAAGUGUGUUUCAUUGGAGAACCUGGAUUUGAUGUUGGGGGGCCAUCCCAAGAGUUCUUCACCAUCCUUGGAAGGGAACUGUGUGCUCCAGAAGCACAGAUCUUCCAGCUGUUUGAAGAGUCCCAUCUGAUUUGGUUCUCCAGCCAGGUACCAUCAGAGGAAGACGUACAUUUUCUGAUUGGGAAUAUAUUUGGAAUGGCACUCUAUAAUAAGAAGAUAGCUGCCUUCCCUUUCCCUCUCGCUCUGUUCAAGAAGAUGUUAAACGUUCCACUGACUCUGGAAGAUUUGAAAGAGCUUUCUCCUACAGAAGGAAGGUGUCUUCAAGCAGUCUUGGAUGAGCAGUAUGAUGACAUCUUAGAAAGCAUGAUGCUGGAUUUCACAGUACUGAAAGAAGAAGGAGGAUCUAAAGUUUCUGUGGAAUUGAAAAAAAAUGGUGCGAACAUUGCUGUCACCAAGUACAACAGAAAAGAAUACGUUGAUGCCUACGUGAAUUACGUAUUCAAUGAUUCCGUCAAGGAGCAGUUUAAGAAUUUUCUGGAUGGGUUUUUAAGAGGCUGCCAAACUAAAAAGUGGAAAGUCUUCCUUCCUACUGAGCUCCGCCUAGUUCUGCUUGGGCAUACCAAUUACAAUUGGGAACAACUGGAAAAGAAUGCUCUAUAUGAUGGCUAUGAAAAGUCAGAUGAAACAAUCAAGAAUUUUUGGGCCGUGUUCCAUGACCUUCCAGAAGAAAAAAAGAAGGAUUUUCUUGCUUUUCUUACAGGAACGAACUGCAUUCCAGGUAAAGGGAUGGAAAGGUUCGUAUUUACAAUUGUGGAAUCCAGAAAAGAAGAUCCAGACAAGUGGUAUCCUUCAGCCUGCACCUGUUUUCGAUACCUUCGGCUUCCAAGAUAUAGUAACCAAGAUGUUCUCCGAGAAAUGUUCCUGUUUGCACUGGAGCACUAUGAAAAGUUUGGUCUAUCAUAAAACUUGGAUGCAAGGAACGCUGUUUGGAAUUGGUUGAUCUGAACCUAGUUGAUGUCCCCUUCUGCCUAACUCUUUUACUCUUUGUUCACUGAAGACAACAAACAAAGCUGAGGAUUUUUCUCUCUGCCAAAAGGAGAAAUCUAAUUCCCCCUUUUGGUACCAGUUUAUGGGCUCAAGGCACAUGAAUCCUUUUUGUCAAAUACCUGUACGGGAGACCUCCCAGGAACGUUACAUAUAUCAUAUUGAAUUCAGCGGUGGACAAAAGAUGGGAUAUGAAGAAGGGUUGGGUUCUAGCUUUAGGCUGGUAUCCUCUACCCACCGCACUCUUUUCUGUUGCUGGAACUCUUUUAAGUAUAAAUGUAGCUGCUUUGGAUGGCAUCUGACGAAGCAAACUGUGACUCAUGAAAGCUUUAAAUUUUGUUAGUCUUUAAGGUGCAACUGGAGUCUUGCUUGAUAAAAAAAAAACCUACCCAGUUACAUUAAAACUGCCCAUUCCUGUGUAGCUCUGAAUGUGGCAAAGAGGAAAGAGCUGCAGUCUUUUCAAAACGCAGGUAGGCCUGGGCUAUAAUCGACACCUCAGCAUUACACAUAAUAAUUUUAUCUACAGAGACCAACCCAUGCAGAAAUGGGAUUUCAUGUAUGCCUAACUUUACAAGAAACUGCAACUCACCGCGCUCAUUGAAUGUUUAUUUUUCCUGGAGGAAAUGACUGCUUUGAAGGGCAGUCAUUAUACCCUGCUGAGCUCCCCCCACUGUCUGAAGCUUGCCCCCCCCAAAUCUUCAUGAAUUCUCUAACCCGGAGUUGGCAACCAUAGUUUACAUCGCAGAAAUUUCCUUCCAUACAGCCUGAAAUGACUGGUAGGCCGGAUUAUGACCAUGGUAAUGGAGAAGAAAGAGAAUCUUAUCAUGAGAAAAGAAAGGCUCAGCUUGCAGACUCUUGCCUCUCUUCUUCAUUGGGUGUUUAGUUAAAAUACUCAUCUGCCACCUGUCUAUAUGCACAUCUGAGGUGGCUCACAACAUUACAAAAUAACUAGCAAUGAAGCCCAUUUUAGGUGAAAAUAAAUGGACUCUAGGUGGGGAAGUGGGGAGGGCAGGCCCUAGAAAACUAGUUGGUUGGGAAGGACUUACCUGAGGCUACUGCUCCUUGGCCCGGCCGCUCCUGCUGCCACUUGUUGUCGCAGCCAGCUAAAUGCUGUUUGGGGAGGCUUGGGUUUGGAGUGUGGGGGACUGGGGGGCCUGUUGCCAGACCCAGCAGAAGUCGGCCAGGCCUGGCUUGAUCAUUUGGGGAUGGGAGACAGAGGGUGGAGAAGCAGGGUCUGCCAGGCCCUGUAGGACAUUGGAGGCUUAAAGCCAAUGCCCUGAAGGGCCCAGUUGGGUUGUUGGAGGGGUGAGAGAGGGAGGGCGGGGGAAGGCAUCGGCCAGGAAUGGCGAGGAGGCCAGUUUGCCAGCUUUCUUCACUGGCCAACUUCAUCUUUGGGAGAGGGAGGGAGGACUAGAAUGUAUGGGACACAUUUCCCACCAAUGGGGUACUUCAUGAGUCACUUUGUGAGACCUCCACGCCUACUGGUGGAAACUGCGUCAUCACCACAUAUUCUAAUCCUCAGGCAAAUGUGUCUAAGGGUUGCAAUUCAUUAAACAACCAAAGACAAAACAAAGAUGAUCACUCCCAAAAUCAAUUGCCACAAAAAUUAAGAAAAGCAGCAACAAUCAAAACCAGACAACAGUGAUCAAUUAGUUGCCACUAACUGGGGGGCAGGAGGAAGAACUAGCAGACAAGAGUGGACACCCACAAAUUAAAACGUGCUUAAAAUAAAAAGGACCUUUAGCCUUCGUGGCCUGUAGCCUAUGAGAAUGAAUGCAAGGUCUCAGCAAGAAUAUGCAGGAGAUAGCAGGGCAUUAAUAUUAAUGCCUUGAAUUGGGCACAGAAAUGAACAGGCAAUCCCUGCAGGUCUUUAAGAGCUAGUACACUAUCAUGCUUUGUAGGCUGUGCUUGAUAGAAGGCCCAUUCUUGAUUUAAGGAGAUUAUAUGAAUUUCUGAUUGUUUCUAAAUUCUGAAUGGCGUCUUCUGUACUAGAACUGUUACCACCUGAAAUCUGGUUUACUAGAUCUCAAGGGCGCGUAUAUGUGUCUGCUCAUCCUGGUCUCAGGAAGUUCUUUCAUUUCCAGUAUGGUGGCUCCAUAUUCAGUACACACUGCUGCCAUUUUGGCUAGCCACAGCACCAAGGGUCUUUACAAAAUACAUAGCAGUAGCUCAUCACAGUGCAAGUAUUUGUGAUGGAGAUUGUCAUAGAUUUCUUUACAGAUUGAUUUUUACAUUGUCUAUAACGCCCUGUCGAUAGACUAUUCCUAAUAAAAUACCUCUUGUUUUAGAUUC